AUGGUGCAGGAGGAGAGGGAGCAGAUGUUCGAGAAGCCGCUGACGCCGAGCGACGUGGGGAAGUUGAACAGGCUGGUGAUCCCGAAGCAGCAUGCGGAGAAGCACCUUCCCCUCGGCAGCGACUCGGGGCUGCUGCUGAGCUUCGAAGACGAGGCCGGCAAGGCCUGGCGGUUCCGCUAUUCCUACUGGACCAGCAGCCACAGCUACGUCCUCACCAAGGGCUGGAGCCGCUUCGUCAAGGAGAAGCGCCUCCAUGCUGGCGACGUCGUCCUCUUCGAGCGCCGCCGCAGCGCCGCCGACCGCCUCUACAUCCGCUGGAAGCGCCGCCGCGGGUUGCUCGCACCCAACACCCCCGCCGCCGCCGUCACCUCGCCGUCGCCACCCCCUUGCCCUCCAGGUACACUUAAAUAUCUCUCGACUAGUGAGCGAGUGAGUGAGAGGGAGAGAGAGAGAGAGUCAGUGUUCUUACCAAUGGUGCGGUGCGGAGCAGGAGUAGGGGACGAGGAGGCGGAGAUGACGAGGAAGACGACGAAGGCUACGCCGGCCACGUUGAUCAAAGCGAAGCGGGUGAGGCUGUUUGGCGUAAACUUGGACUGCGCGCCGGAGCAAUAA